UUUGUCAAUAAAGUCGAACAGCUGAUCGGAAAACAUAACCUAGAACUGUAAUUAUACAUUAGCGUUAAGUGUAAUUUAUGUGAAAAACAUUAUGAUCUAUGCUAACAAGUUAUAAAAAUGCGGUCAUUACUCAUCAAGCAACUAUGUUACACACAAAAUCGGUAUCUUAUUAAGUGUUUCAGUACGCAAAGUCCGAGAGUGAGAUUUGCGCCUAGCCCGACGGGAUAUUUACAUUUAGGCGGACUAAGAACUGCUUUGUACAAUUAUUUGUUUGCGAAAUCCCGUGGAGGUUCUUUCAUAUUACGGAUAGAAGAUACAGAUCAGACGAGAAAGGUCGAGAGUUCUGUGGAAGCGCUGGUAAACGAUUUGGAAUGGGCUGGAAUCAAGUGUAAUGAAGGACCAGGUUUUAAGGGCGAAUAUGGUCCUUAUGUACAGAGCGAAAGGUUGAAUAUUUAUCAAGAACACAUAACAAAACUCCUAGAGAACGGGUCAGCAUACAAAUGUUUCUGUACAGAGAGAAGGCUGAACAUUUUACGUAGAGAUGCAGUGAAGUCUCAACGGAUUCCCAAGUAUGAUAACCGAUGCAGAGACCUCACCCCUGACGAGAUUAAAGAGAAGAUGGAUGCUGGUGUUCCGCAUUGUAUUAGAUUUAAGCUAACAUCAGACUGCCAAUUCUUCGAAGACCUGAUAUUCGGCGGCAUCGCCUACGACGUAUCUCUGAACGAAGGGGACCCGGUACUCAUGAAGAGUGAUGGCUUCCCUACAUACCACUUUGCCAAUGUGGUUGAUGAUCAUUUGAUGGCCAUCACACAUGUGUUGCGAGGUGUCGAGUGGCAGAUAUCUACUACUAAGCAUUUGCUUAUUUAUAGAGCAUUUGGUUGGACUCCUCCCCAGUUCGGUCAUAUGCCACUGAUAGUGAAUGCUGAUGGCACGAAGCUCAGCAAGAGACAGAGCGACGUCAAGGUCGAAGACUAUCGGAGAAAUGGAAUAUAUCCUCUGGCCCUGGUGAACUACAUAACGCUGUCGGGUGGAGGUUUCGAGCACGUGCCGGGCGCGGGAGUGAGACUCAAGUCCAUGGACGAUUUAGCUGAAGAGUUUCAGAUAGAAAAAAUCUCCUCCCACCCAAGCCGUUUAAACCCCGACCUUCUAGAAGAAUGUAACCGCUUAGAAAUCAAAAGAAGAUUAAAAGACAAAUCACAUACCAAAACAUUAAUAACUUCUCUACAAGAAAUGAUCACUAAAACAUACCCAGAUCACAAACUGAAUUUAACAGAAGAACAUAUAAAAUCAGUUCUACACUGGUCUGCAUCUCGAAUAUCCAGAAUAGAAGAAUUAGCAUCCAAAAAGUACGGAUUCCUCUGGAUUUUACCGAAGAACACAGCAAAAAUCGACCAAGAAUUGUUGAAGAAAGUGUUGGAGAAUCUGCAAGUGUUGGAGAAGUUUGACCAGGGUUCUUUGAAGGAGAAUUUGAGGAGUUUCUCCGCGGAGAAUAAUGUGAAGUUUCCGGCGUUGAUGAAGAUGUUAAGGUCUGUUAUUAGUGGGUUGGAUGAAGGGCCAGGCGUUGCCGAAAUGAUGGAUUUGUUGGGAAAAGAUCAGUCGUUAGAAAGAAUUAAAGCUGUUUUACGAUAUGUUAUUGUUUUAUUCAACACAUUUUUCCUUUUCAGUUUUAUCCAAACGCGAGAUAAAGUACCUAACUAA